CCGGAAGCGGAAGCCUUGUGGUUGUCCCGCCUGAGGAAGAAAAGGGGGAGGAGUCAUCGCUGGAGGUACCGCCUGGGCGGGGACCUCUGGUCCCUGGAGAGCCCCCGUGAUGCCUCGUUACUGUGCGGCCACCUGUUGCAGGAACCGAGCCGGUCAGAGCGCCCGAGACCAGCGCAAGCUCAGUUUCUACCCAUUUCCUCUCAAUGAUAAAGAAAGAUUGGAGAAAUGGUUACGGAACAUGAAACGUGACACUUGGAUUCCCAGCAAGCACCAGGUUCUCUGCAGUGACCAUUUCACACCAGACUCCCUUGAUGUGCGAUGGGGUAUUCGAUAUUUGAAAACAACUGCAGUGCCAACUAUUUUUUCAGCACCUGAUAAUCAGGAAAAAGAAAUUUUCCAAAAGGCACAGGAAAAAAGAACAGAACAUGUCAAAGAUAAAAACCCAAGGAAUACAACAGCUAGUUUUUUAAAACCUUGUUCACCAAAGAUGAAUAAUAUGAUUGAAGAAAGACUUUAUAGGAAAGCACUUUGCACAACUUUAAGCAAGUCAUCUCAACAGAAAGUACCGCUUCAGGAUGCAGUGAAAUCUGAAGACAUAAUUAUAUACCCUGAUGAUUCCAUUAGGCAGACUUUAGAGCAAACAAACCCUGUGGUAAUAACAACCGAUAUACAGAUGAUAACAACCAGUGAUUCCUGCACUCCAAAAACCAUGAGCUUUAACAAAGCUGUAGAUCAUCUCUUUAGUGGUUCAACCACAAUUUUGCAAACUACAGUUCACAACCUUCAGUCAUGUCUUGAGUGCAUCUCAGAUCCUAAAGCCACAGUUUCACAGCCUUUAGAUUUUAAAACCUUGGAUCCAUCUCUGGAAUCUAAUAAUAAUGUGACUGUACCUGUUAAUACCCUUCCACCUGAUGAACUGGGGUCUCAUAUGGCAUGCUGUACAGUGGAAGUCAAGCCAUCGAGUGAAAAGUCAUUGUUGCUCCACACCGUGUCCCAAGCUUUGGAACAGUUUAGUGGGGAUAAAGAGUCUUUUAUGACUAUUAUCGUUCCUUCAGAGAAUUCAAAAAACCCUUUGUUAUUAGAAGGCUCAGUUAUUCCAGUGGACCAGGAAUUAAUUGAUAUUGAAGCUGGAACAUCUACAUGCAUCACCAGUGAUGGCGGUCUUGAAGUGCUACAAAUGGAACAUUCAUAUUGUAGGCAAGACAUAGACAGAGAGCAACUCUGGCAAAAAAUUGCAAGGCUGCACUCAAAAAUAGCACUUUUAGAAACACAGGAACAAAAAACUUUAGGCAGACUCAAAUCCCUGGAAGCACUUAUUGCCAAGCUGGAGCAAGAAAAUCUGCUUUCUGAAGAAAAACUCAAAAUUGUUGAAAAUUGUUUCACAACAUUUGAAGUGACUAUGAUACAAUAAAAGCUUUAAAGUGGUGGUUUCAACUAA